GGGCACCCCGGCAUGUAGAGCCUGACGGAGCGGCGCGGAGAUUGAUGUGGAAUGGAUCAAGCUGGUGGCUUACUGCUGUUGAAGUCUGCCCAAAGCAGGGUUGCCUGGUCACUAUGAACAAUGGCCCAGCUAUACUACAAAAAGGUAAACUAUUCACCAUACAGAGAUCGGAUCCCACUACAGAUUGUGAGAGCGGAGGCAGAGCUCUCGGUGGAAGAGAAGGCCUACCUCAGUGCUGUGGAGAAGGGGGACUAUGCCAGUGUGAAACAUGCUUUACAAGAAGCGGAAAUCUACUACAACAUCAACAUUAACUGUAUGGAUCCUCUUGGUCGCAGUGCCCUUUUAAUAGCCAUAGAGAAUGAAAAUCUGGAGAUCAUGGAGUUACUUCUGAGCCACUGCGUGUAUGUGGGAGAUGCUCUGCUGUAUGCAAUACGGAAAGAGGUGGUGGGAGCUGUGGAGCUGCUGCUGAAUUACAGGAAGCCAAGUGGUGAAAAACAGGUUCCAACUUUGAUGAUGGACACACAGUUUUCGGAAUUCACUCCAGAUAUCACACCAAUAAUGCUGGCGGCUCACACCAACAACUAUGAAAUCAUCAAACUGCUUGUCCAAAGACGGGUAACUAUUCCACGCCCACAUCAGAUCAGAUGCAAUUGUGUGGAGUGUGUCUCCAGUUCGGAGGUGGACAGCCUGAGGCAUUCCAGGUCAAGGCUGAACAUCUACAAAGCCUUAGCCAGCCCCUCAUUGAUUGCCUUAUCGAGUGAGGACCCCAUCUUGACGGCCUUUCGGCUGGGCUGGGAGCUGAAAGAGCUCAGCAAAGUGGAAAAUGAGUUCAAGGCCGAAUAUGAAGAGCUUUCUCAGCAAUGCAAGCGUUUUGCUAAGGACCUUUUGGAUCAAGCACGGAGUUCCCGAGAAUUAGAGAUCAUUCUCAAUCACAGAGAUGAUCAAAGUGAAGAGCUGGACCCCCAAAAAUGUCACGAUUUGGCAAAGCUAAAGGUAGCAAUAAAGUAUCACCAGAAAGAGUUUGUUGCUCAGCCAAACUGCCAGCAGCUACUAGCAACACUUUGGUACGACGGUUUUCCAGGCUGGAGGCGGAAACACUGGGCAGUAAAACUCUUGACCUGUGUCACCAUCGGACUGCUGUUCCCUGUGCUAUCUGUGGCAUAUCUGAUUGCACCGAAGAGCAGGCUGGGACUGUUCAUUAAAAAGCCAUUUAUAAAGUUUAUCUGCCACACCGGCUCAUACCUAACCUUCCUCUUCAUGCUCCUGCUGGCAUCGCAGCACAUCGUCAGGACUGACCUUCACAUGCAGGGACCGCCUCCCACCAUCGUGGAGUGGAUGAUCCUGCCCUGGGUUCUAGGUUUUAUCUGGGGAGAAAUCAAGGAAAUGUGGGAUGGUGGAUUCAAUGAAUACGUACAUGACUGGUGGAAUCUGAUGGAUUUUGCAAUGAACUCCCUCUAUCUUGCAACUAUCUCCCUUAAAAUUGUUGCCUAUGUCAAGUACAACGGUUCUCGUCCAAGGGAGGAAUGGGAAAUGUGGCACCCGACUCUCAUUGCAGAAGCCCUCUUUGCAAUAUCCAACAUUUUAAGUUCCUUGCGUCUCAUAUCCCUGUUUACAGCAAAUUCACACCUGGGACCCCUGCAGAUUUCUCUGGGACGCAUGCUGCUAGACAUCCUUAAAUUCCUUUUUAUCUACUGUCUGGUGCUUCUGGCUUUUGCCAAUGGACUGAACCAGCUUUAUUUUUAUUAUGAGACCAGUGCCUCGGAGGAACCCAACAACUGCAAGGGGAUCCGAUGUGAGAAACAGAACAAUGCCUUCUCCACACUUUUCGAGACCCUCCAGUCUCUCUUCUGGUCUGUGUUUGGUCUGCUGAAUCUCUACGUCACCAAUGUGAAAGCCAGACAUGAGUUCACAGAGUUUGUUGGGGCCACUAUGUUUGGUACCUACAACGUCAUCUCUCUUGUCGUGCUGCUGAACAUGCUCAUAGCCAUGAUGAACAACUCCUAUCAGCUCAUUGCUGACCACGCGGACAUCGAGUGGAAGUUUGCACGGACAAAGCUCUGGAUGAGUUACUUUGAUGAAGGUGCCACCCUGCCUCCUCCCUUUAACAUCAUCCCAAGUCCCAAGUCUUUCUGGUACCUCUGCAAGUGGAUUCACAAUCAGCUGUGCCCAGGCAACGACUCUGACAACGAACAGAAGAGACAUGAAAACCUCAAAACAUUCACAGAGCGCCAUGCUGACAACCUCAUCCAGAAUCAGCAUUACCAGGAAGUGAUUAGAAAUCUUGUAAAAAGAUACGUUGCAGCAAUGAUAAGAACUUCCAAAACCAAUGAAGGCUUAACUGAAGAAAACUUCAAGGAAUUAAAACAGGACAUCUCAAGUUUUCGCUAUGAAGUCCUUGACCUCCUGGGAAACAGGAAGCCCCAGAGGAGAAGUUAUUCUACCAGCAGCACUGAGGUGUCCCAAAAGGAUGAAACAAAUGAGGAUAGCGCUGGAGAAAAACCCAAAGCCAAGAGUGUGUCUUUCAAUGUAGCCAACAAAAAAAAGGACUUCAAUGUCUCUGCGCUAAUUAAAACUAUGUCUGGGAUUGAUAUGGUGGAAGAGAAGCCAAAAAGCAAUGGGAUCAGUAAGCGCUCCUUCAUCCGAAAUGGAAAUAGAGUUCAGAGACUUUCCAGCUCCAAGAAAGAGUCCUUUAAGAGACUGGGGCUGCUGUUCUCCAAGAUGAAUGGACAUGUACCUGAAGCAAAUUCAGAACCCAUGUACACUAUUUCAGAUGGAAUUAUUCAGCCACACUACAUGUGGAAAGACAUUAAAUAUUCUCAGAUUGAUAAAGAGAGAGAAGAGAAUUGUUCCAAAAGUGAAAUUAACCUCAAUGAGGUAGACUACAGUGGGAACACAAGACUUACAGGACAGAGCAAGGAGUGCCCUGUGGUUUGUACCAGCUCCCUUCACUGUGCUUCCAGUAUUUGUUCCUCUAAUUCCAAACUUUUAGACUCAUCAGAGGAUGUGUUUGAUUCAUGGGGAGAGGCUUGUGACUUGUUUAUAAACCAGUGGAAAGAUGGGCAAGAGGACCAUGUUACAACGCGGCUAUAAGUAAGGCUAUCUUAACACCUGCUAGAAAACUUUGUUCAUUAUUUGUAAUUGUUUGCUCUCACCUGAUUCAGCAUUAUGAAUUCCUUUCCGGCCACAGUAUGAAACAAAUGUAAAACUUUGUUUAUGUUAGCCUAUUUUAUAGCCAUCUGCACCUUUUUAAUUUUUUUUUUUUACCUUCACAAAAACUGAACAGAAGGUUUCACCCUUUAUAAAGUCACUGUAAACCACAGGACUCCUUUGAAUGCAGUCAGUCUUUAAAUCCCCCACAAUUGAGAUACACCAGGGGCAGAGUAGAGGUUUUCCAGUGCUCUCCUCAUCAUCCCAGCACCACUGGGUUAUCACUGCUGCUAUCCAAUGAGAUUGGCUCUGCAUCCACCUGGUGAGGAGUGGCUGAGCAGGAGGCUGAGAAUCAUAUUUAAAACCUUUUUAGGAAGGAUUUCAGGUUAUAACUGGCUUUUUGUUUUCUUUAAGCAAUACAACCUCUGAUUCUUUCAGUAGUGUGUUUUUCAGGUCAUUAUAUUAAUGUUGUAAAUUGUUACUAAGAGAUACCUUUGAUCAUGCAACUAGAACACAUAAUGAUUUGCUCAUUUACCUAACUGCCAUGAAGAAAUUCCCUGGUAGGAAGUAGAAUGACCUCCCAGGGAGGCAGGCAGCAGAAAAACCUUAGUGUGGUUCUCAUAUCGUUAAUGGUAAACCAAAACCCAGCACUAAACCUCACCCUCACUCUGAGCUGUAUCUGUUUUUAAAAUUCCUGAUCUUAUUUCCACUGCUGCAUUUGCUCUUUGCUGCCUCCCUGGCCUAUGUCAUGCUUCGGGCAGAAGCCAUCCUGCUGCUGUACAGCAGUGACUUCCCUGGGUCUGUGAGCUGCAUUCCUGAAAAGCAACCCAAGUGUGAGCAGGCCAGACCGCAUCCGGCACCCUGGAAAGUCUCUGUAGUCCCUUUCCUAAAUAAGGUGCAACAAAAAUGAGCACAGCAGGAAAUGUUACCCUUCUGUUACAGUUUUUUCAAUUGUUUCAUUUUCCCCCUCCAUUUCUGCUAGGCCCUGUCCAGACAUUCCCAUUGUUGCAUUUCUCCUAAGGAGCAGCAAAAAGGGCAGAAGAUGCCCCAUCAAGAGCAAAAUGGUUGACACAGUGAUUUUUCACAAUGUGAUACUUGAACUUUCUGUGUUGUUGCUGAGAUACACAGAUGAUUGGCACUCAAUACUGCUUCAGAGCUGCUGUUAGUUGGCUGCUUGCCUGGAAGAAGCUGGUGCUGACUGGGAGCUGAGAAAUAGCCAUGCCUUAGAGUAUGGCUUUGUCAGGCUGGAGGCCCUAUUCCCAGAACAGGUUACAUGGACUGGAGCACAUCCCAAGGAGCAUUGCCAAAAAUCACCUCUUUUCCGGAGUCAGUACAGUCUUGCAUAGCUGGGAUGCCUGGGACAGGAUGCUCUGCCUAAGCAUCCAC